AUGAAAACAAAACGUGCCACCUUAUACACUCUCUAUCUCCUCUCCGGGCUAUCCCAUGCGUCCUGGUCCCCACCACCCGAAUAUGCACUUUACACCUCAGACAAUGGACACUUCUUCCAACUCUCCGACGGAUCGCCAUUCUUCUGGCAAGCCGAUACAGCAUGGACUCUCAUGGCGCGACUCAAUUUCACCGAAACCGAGGCAUACCUGGCUGACCGCGCCUCUAAGGGUUUCAACAUUGUAGAAGCAAUCGGGCCAUCAUCUGAUGGUCUAGAUGGUCUAAACAGACAGGGCGAUCCGGCAUUCAUCAACAUGGACGUCCACCAGCCCAACGAAGCAUACUGGAAUCACGUGGACUCGGUGAUCGAAUUGGCAUGGAAGAGGCACGGGAUCCGGAUAGCCCUAUUUCCCGCGUGGGGGAACUACGUGCACAAUAGUGAGAACGUUGCCGGGUCUCUCAACACAAGCAAUGCGGGCAUUCUGGGCGAAUUCAUCGGAAGAAGAAAUCCAUAUCUCCCUAAGAUUAUGUUCGGGGAUACAAAUCCGACAUGGCAGAACAAAACGCAGGUCAAGGAGGAAUACGCAGCCGGUGGUGUUCCAUCGGAAUAUGAGAUGACCGACUGGCUGCCUGUAUACGACGCCCUAGCGGAAGGGCUCAUUCGAGGCGAAAAGGCUGCUAUACGGAAUAGUACUGCCAGUACGAAAUACACACCCUUGAUCAGCCUCCAUAACCAGAACCAAUGGUUCGACGGGGCGCCCUUGGCGCUCGCAAGCUCGGAAGCCGGUCAUCGCGACUGGCUGACUUUUGAUAUUGCACAGUCCGGUCAUAGUGACUAUCCUCCCAAUCCGCCAGUCCAUUGGUGGAAUUGCAGACGCGGUUACGAGACGGUCGAAUUGAUGUAUGCUGUUGGGGAGACACGACCUGGGAAAAGGCGGCCUGCGCUAGACAAUGAACCGCACUACGAGGGACGAUAUAACAAUGCGCGUGACUGGUUGCCGUCCUGGAAUGCAAGUGAUGUCUUUUCCGGCGCUGCAGGGGCUGUUUACGGAGCGGACAUGGUCUGGCAGAUGUACAAUCCGUCAUUUUACGAGUCAAAUGGUGGUGGGCCUGCAAUGCCCUGGUAUGAAGCCAUCAAGCUGCCGGGCUCGGAGCAGAUCCAAUUCGUAAAGAAGGCAAUUCUGGAUCGUGGAAACAGUAGCUUUAAUGAGAGGGUUCCAGCACCUGGUAUAAUUGUUGGCAACGCAGAUUUGAAUGACAAGAAAAUCAAGGCUCUUCGAGAUUCAAAAGGCUCCUGGAUCAUGGUCUAUACUCCGACAGGAAAGCAAUUCUCAAUUGAUACUAAGGACAUCAAGGGCUGUGACGUGAAGGCUAGGUGGUAUGAUCCACUAUCUGGCGACUAUACUUCGAUAAAAUAUGCGCAGUGCGAGAGCAACUCAACAAUUAGGGAGUUUGCGCCGCCGAAGGCGGACGACCAUGACGACUGGGCACUGGUCCUAGAAAAGAACUAA